UUGGAGCACCUGACUACCCGGUACUACCAGCGCUGAAACCUAGUGGAGCCUGCCCUACAAUCUGACCGUCGGUAAUGGCGAGCUGUACAAUAUGUCUGCCUGCGCUGAUGAUGUUAGUGUUGGACCUUAACACAGUGGAAAGCGUGUGGCCUUUACCACAGAAACUUGCCAUUUCAGAGGAACGGUAUCCAUUGAGCCCGACUCAUUUCAACUUCUAUUAUGGAGAAGAUCAAGCCUCCAUUAUGAAAGACUGCUCUCUAUUGGACUCUGCGUUUACCAGAUAUUUUCCUCUGAUCUUCCCAGAUCUGACUUCAGGUAAUGGUGUCCUCCCUUCAACUGAGGAAAAAGCGUUUUCUUUGGUGGUCACGAUGCACCAAAAAGAUUGCGAUGGCUACCCAAAUGAAGGCUCAUCGGAAAGAUACCAGCUGAAUGUAUCUGCUGGACAGGCAGUUCUGAACUCUGACACGGUGUGGGGUGCUCUCAGAGGUCUGGAAACCUUCAGCCAACUGGUUCAACAAGAAGAAGACGGCACUUACUUCAUAAACAAGACAGAGAUUGAGGACUUUCCAAGCUUCCAGUACAGAGGGAUUUUGUUGGACACUUCCCGCCACUUCUUGCCAUUGAAGGCCAUUUUAAACACCCUGGACGCCAUGGCCUAUAGUAAAUUUAAUGUGUUCCACUGGCACAUCGUGGAUGAUCCCUCAUUCCCCUACCAGAGUCGUACCUUUCCAGACCUAAGCAGUAAGGGUGCCUACCACCCCAUGAGUCACAUCUACACCCAGUCUGAUGUGCGGAGGGUGCUUACCCACGCCAGGCUCAGAGGGAUCCGUGUUAUCCCAGAGUUCGACUCACCCGGCCACACGCAGUCAUGGGGGAAAGGGCAGCCCAAUUUGUUGACCCCUUGUUACAAAGGUAGCUCCCCGUCGGGGACAUUUGGACCGAUUAACCCAGCGUCCGCCCUCAGCUACAUAUUCAUGAGCCAGUUCCUCAAGGAAGUGACUUCAGUGUUCCCUGAUCCAUAUUUCCACUUGGGGGGAGACGAGGUCAACUUUAGCUGCUGGCAGUCCAACCCUGAUGUCCGGGCAUUCAUGCAGAAGAUGGGAUUUGGGAAAGAUUACACCAAACUGGAAUCCUUCUAUAUGGAGAACAUAGUAAACAUCACUUCAAAUUUAAAUAAGACUUCUAUCGUGUGGCAAGAUGUUUUCGACUACCAUGAGCGGAUUCCCAAGGACACGAUUCUGCACAUUUGGAAAGGGCUCCCUGCUCAAUAUAAAGCAGAGACGAGCAGGAUGACGAAGGCGGGCCACCGGGUCCUGCUGGGAGCUCCGUGGUACAUCAACCACAUCGCCUAUGGCCAGGACUGGCGGAUCUCUUACAAUGUGCAGCCACUGAACUUCUCUGGUACGGAGGAGCAGAAGAAGCUGGUGAUCGGUGGCGAGGUCAGCAUGUGGGGGGAAUAUGUCGACGCCACCAACCUCUCUCCUCGCCUCUGGCCGAGAGCGUGUGCCGCAGCGGAGAGACUGUGGAGCGAUGAGAGCCAGACACGCAGUGCGGAGGCGGCCUUCCCCCGUCUGCAGGCGUUCCGCUGCAGCCUUCUCAGGCGUGGCGUCCGGGCGGAGCCUCUUAGCCCUGGCCACUGCAGCGACGAGUACCGGGGAAUCUGAGGAAGAAAACCAUUUUUUUUGUAAGGAAUAGUUCACAUUUUUGGAUACCUCAUGCACCCUAUCAAAAGGCCUGUAUGACGUGUCUGUUCAGGGAUUAUUAUGUUGCAAGUUUUUAGUUUGUUAUGGCCAGUUGUUUUGCAUUUAACUAUUUUAGUUUGGUUGCACAAAAUAUAGUGGACAUCCUACCAUUGAAAAAAAAGUUGGUUCUCAAAUUGCUGUUACAUUGUGGGAUGCAUGCAGUGGAGGGGUAAACCUUGGUUGAAUUGUUUCCAGACAUUAAGAUGAAUCUAUGCUAGAAAGGAUGGUAAGAAUGUGGAGCAGGCCUCUGUGGACUUUGAACACAUCUUUCUUCUGUUGAAUGUACUUGUUCAGUAACCACGACAUUGGCCCAGACAGAGCCGCCCUCACACAUCUCAUUGUGGGGAUUACAGCCAUGCUACUCCUACAGCAGAUGGCAAGUUGGGUUGAUCCCCUCGUAGUAGGGUAGUAGUGCUGACGCCUCAAUGCUGCUCUCAACCCCCCAACACACACACACCUGACUCCCCCACUCUGCUUAAUUGCCAGAAUAGCAUUAUAAGGAGAAAUACGGUGGCUCGUGGAAACAAAGGCAGCUUGAUUCUAUACCCGUCCUCCUGAGAUGAACUCACUUAAUCAAAACGCACCAGCCUCGUGAGGUUCUUAAUUACAAAUGACGCCAAAUUAUCCAUUAGAUCACAACACAUUGUUCUGGAAUUCUUUUGCUAUUAAGGGUGUGAAUUUAACUACUCUUCUUUUAUUUUUAGCUUUGAGCUUAUGAACACAUUCAUAUUUUUUAAUUUUUCUAAUCAUUAAAUGCACUAUAUGAAUUGGAUGAUAUUGUUUGAUUUGGCCAUCCUUGUUAUUAAUCCUUUUUGAAAUAAUAAAAUCUUUUAAUAAAC